UGCAGAGUUUCGUUCCAACCCUAAUUAAACACACCUGAAAAAUCUAAUUCAAGUCUUCACGAUCACUUGGAAAUUAAAUUCAGGUGUGUUUGAUUAGCGUUGGAACUAAACUCUGCAGGACAGUGGCCCUCCAGGACCCAGGGUUCCCCACUCCUGGUUUAGCUCCUGGCCACCUGAGCAAGCUAAUCAAGAUCUUCAUGAUCACUAGAAAAUCACAGGUGAGUAAGUUUGAUUAGGGUUGGACCAAAACUCUGCAGCGCUCCGGCCCUCCAGGGUAAGAUUUGGGCAACCCUUAAAGCAUUGAUGAAAUGGAUUUGUCAAUUGACAAUUUGAUAUUGGUGAAUUUAGGGUCCAUCUGUAAAGUUACUCUAUAAUACAAUAUACACGUUUCUACUUUUAACAGCAUUUAAAUAAAAUGACAGGUCAACCCACCCGUGUUCAUGUGGUUGUCCGCUAUAAUGCACAGUUUUAGAUUUUUUUAUUAUUAUAUUUGUUUAAUAAACUGUUAAUGUACAUGUUUCUAUCUUCAAUAGUAUUUAUUACUUGAGAUGAUCCCUUAAUUCAUGAACAUCAAUCCUUCAACUUUAAGUCAAUUAGCUACACGUGUGGUAACGGUGAAGACCCCAACUCAUGCAUCAGCAGUCCACUUCAAAAUACACAAAAUAUUAUGGACAGGAAGUUACAUUAUAACAUUUGGAUUAUCAUGUCGGAAAAACGCAAAAACAACUUCGAGAUCUACCUCGAGAUCACCAGAAAAUUAAGUCGUGACCACGAGAAAACAAGCAAGCAAAAUAAGUGAAUGGCCUCUCUCGGCUUCUGUAUAAUCAAGGUUUCAUAGGCAUACAAGAAACAUAGAGGCAGGUGUCUUAAGGCAAGCUGUAGUUUGGACACCCAUGUUUUAGGUCAGGGUUCCUCAAAUCCAGUUUUGGAGGGCUGGUGUCCAAUGCAGGUAAACUCCAACACUGAUCAAAAUUGAAGACCUUUUAUUAUCUUGCCUUACAUUGUUUGGUCAGGUAAGGGGUAACUCAACAGGGCAAGAUUUGAUGAACCCUGCUUUGGCUAUUAAUUAAAGGGGUGUUAUAAUUUUUUAUAUAUUCCAUGUUUACCUGUUUUUAUAUUUCAUGUGUAAACAAAGUACUUUUUACUAUCAAAAAAUGAGAAUCAGGAUUUAUAAUAUGUAUUUUCCAUAUCUCUUAAAAGGAAGAACUACAUCAUCACAUUUUGGAACGACUACUUGAAAGAGUCACACAUGCACUUCAGCAACCCCAACUUGACAUUGACUACUUGGAUUUUGUAUGUAGGCAGGAUGUUGUAUUUCUUGAUGCUGUGGCUCAGCAUAUUCAUGUGUCUCAGGAUGUGACCGAACGACUAACUGAUCUGUACAAUGCUAUUCAGAAUCACAGACAUGCACAUAUGACACAUCCCAUAGUUCAGGUGGAAAGACAAACUACAAGUGGCCGUCCAAGGGUUGUAGUACCUGUGGAGCACAUUGCUUAUCUACUGGAGAUUGGGCUUCCUGUUAAAACGAUUUCUGAAUUGCUAGGAGUUUCCCGAGCUACACUCUUUAGAAGGAUGGCAGAAAACAACCUAACCGUAAGAGGACUGUAUUCUACAUGUACUGAUGAGGAACUUGAUCAGCUUGUUUUACAAGUCAAGGAGAGGAUGCCACAUGCAGGUUACAGAAUGGUCAAAGGAGCACUGAAAGCACAAGGACAUCGGGUGCAGUGGAACAGAGUAAAAGCAGCAAUGCAUCGUGUAGAUAGUCUUGGAAUUCUAUCAAGAAUGACUCAGUUAGGAUGUGUCAUCAGGCGAACAUACUCCGUUCCUUGCCCAAAGUAUUUAGUACAUAUUGACACAAACCAUAAGCUGAUCAGGUACAACAUCGUGACCUUUGGAGGAAUUGAUGGCUUUUCACGUAAGAUCAUGUACCUAAGAGCUGCAGACAACAACAGAUCUGACACAACCCUGUCUUUCUUCAGUCAGGCUGUUGAGGAAUAUGGAUACCCACUGAAAGUUCGAGCUGACCAGGGAGGAGAGAAUGUUGGGGUAGCUCGGCUGAUGUUUACUGUGCGUGGACCAGAGAGUAACUGCUUUAUAGCUGGCAAAAGUGUCCACAAUCAGAGAAUAGAGCGGCUCUGGCGUGAUCUCUGGAUGGGUGUUACCAGCUUGUUUUAUCAAAUUUUGCACACGCUAGAGGAUGAAGACAUGCUGGAUCUGACCAGCACUCUUCACUUGUUUUGCUGCCACUACGUAUUUCUGCCCAGACUGCAAGAAAACCUCGACGUGUUUCGUGAGGGAUGGGACAAUCAUCCACUGAGAACUGAGCAAAACCUUACACCAAACCAGUUGUGGGAGGUGGGACAGAUGGAACAUCCUAUUGAAAGGGUUAAAGGCACUCCACUUCCUGAGUGCUCACUGUGCCUAACAACGCCUUUCAGCUGUGAUUUAAGAUACAGCACAGCCUCUUGUACCUUACUGCUUACACAUUAUAUAUGUGUAUAUAUAUACUUAUGUAUUACAGCAUGACUGAGAAGCU